CUUGCCACUCUCACCACUGCGCAAACAUAUCCCAAAUGCACCAUGGAAACUGCCAACUCACACGAUUGCGCCGCCGUUAUCGACACCAACGCGUGUUACAACAAGUUCAGAUGGAACGAGCAGAUACUACGAUAUAUCGAUGGAGCAAUAACAACACAGGUCUGCGAAUGUUGCACAUGUGUGGGAAGAGUCAUGUGGUUCUGGGGAACACAGCAGAAGUUAUGC